AUGACUUUCCACUGCAGUCUUCUGGUCAUGCUUUUUUGCUUCAGCUUUUUGUCUGUCUUAGGAAGCCCAGGAUUUCCUCAUGUCCGACUCAAUGUGUCAGAGUUUUCCUGCAUUUUCCGGAAAAACGGAAACAAUUCUGUGGCUAUGCUUGAUGAUAAUACUACGGCACAAUCCUAUGGCGAUUAUGAAAACAAAACAAACCUUUUUCCAAAUGAGACACUUAUGUUGCAUUUGUGCUUGAAGAGUGAUGUUGGACACUGUAGUGUGGAUGUUCUCAAAAAUGGAACACGAUUAGAAUGUGAGCAAUCUAGUAUGGAUGUCAUUCUCAAAAAUGGAACACACUCGGAAUGUAGACCUGUCUAUGAACUACCACAAGACCUAGCAUUGCCUAAGUCUGUGGUGAUUUACAAUUUUCUGAAAAGCAAGACAGUGUUCUUUAAGUGCUCAGUGAAGACUGAAGUGGAUUUAAUAUUUGAGUGUAGGCUCAAUGGAACACUUCUAGAGGAUGAAAAUGUUUCUCUGUCCUGUGAGGUGAAAAACAAUGCUGAAAACCAAGAGCAUGCCCAUGUCUGCUUCGACUGUGGAACUCAAAACAGAAUGAGAGGAUUUAUUUUGUACAUGGUGAUAACCGUUGCAGCUGCUGGGACAGUGGUCACCAUUGCUCUUGCUGUUAUUUUCUUUUGUGUGAAGAAACAUGGACACAAGCAAUCAGACGAGGGGGACCCAUGCACGAGACCAUUCAAGCUGGAACAAAGCAGGACGGAUACAGUAGUCUAUGCUACAAUACGGAUCGCUAAGGCAACAAAGUGACAGGACAGUCAACAACAUUUUUUUUAUUUCUAGGGCAAUAGCUGAUUGCCCACACCUGUCCUCAUGUGUCACAUUGCUAUUUUCAGAAACACAAAAGCAUUUCUUCUCUAGAACUAAGUUAGCUGACUAAACUGACCUAAGACCUAAUGUAUGUAAAGAUUCCACAGUGCAAUGGCACGCAUCACAAUCAGUAAAGAAACAUGUUUUUUAUUUAUUUUUUUGUUUCCAGUUAUUUUUAACCCACUCAGUUUGGAAUCUUCAGUCAUUUUUAGUUUGCAACUCAGCAACAGCAACAACCCCGGUAUUUCAAAAUGAGAAUGAGGAUGGGCAGAUACUGCACCCCCUCCACUCCAGCAGAGCGGUUCAUUUAUUAACACAGUUACUCUGAGUUGGGUUAGCACCUAGAGGAGGAGUGGAUCACAAAAAGUUGCCUUAAUUCCCUAGCUUUAUCAAACUGUUUGUGAAUUUAAAAAUGCUUUAAAUGUUAAAGCCUGAUUACUGAUAUUAGCUGUGCAAAAUAUUCAAUUUGAUGUUUUUUAAAUAUUGCUAUAUUUCUAAGCUCUUUAAAACAAUAUCAUAUUAUGCACAUUCUUUCAAAGCACAUUUACUAUACGUCUACUCUAAAGUUUUAGAAUGGGGAGCAGAGGGGGGGUCUGCUUGCAUUUUCAAUUUAACUUUUGCAAACCUAAUGGCACAGCAGUAUGUUUAACUGAUCACAACUAAAGAUCUUCUUAUUAAUGAAAUGUCUUAUAUCAGUUGUGACCUAGCUU